AGAAAGAAAAAAUAACUUACAUUACUUCCGUUUUAUUUAUUUGGCAAUUUGAAAGUCACUUGCACUCUAAGCAAACAGCUUUAUGUCAUCCAUGUAGAGAAGGUGACUGAUUGAAGCUCCAUUUCUGAGGCGGUAUCGAAGGCCAGUCUUUGCGAUUACUUGGCUUAGGGGGUUCAGUCCUAUGCAGAACAGCAGUGGGGAGAGUGCAUCACCUUGGUAUAUGCCACAUUUGAUGGACACUUGGUGCCGCCCUUCACCCUGGUAAACAAGAGGAGGAGGAUUAUGAGGAUGUCCCUAUUAAUAAGACGUGGGUCUUAUCUCCAAAGGUCUAUGAAAGUGAUGUGACCAUGAUACUUAAUAAACUUCUCCAAGGCUAUGACAACAAACUACGACCUGAUAUUGGGGUACGGCCAACUGUGAUUGAAACAGCAGUGUAUGUCAACAGCAUUGGACCAGUCGACCCUAUCAACAUGGAAUACACCAUUGACAUCUUCUUUGCCCAGACAUGGUACGACAGCAGACUGAAGUUCAACAGCUCAAUGAAGCUACUUAUGCUGAACAGCAACAUGGUAGGCAAAAUCUGGAUUCCUGACACAUUCUUCAGAAAUUCCCGAAAAUCAGACGCCCACUGGAUCACCACACCAAACCGCCUUCUGAGGCUGUGGAGCAAUGGUAGAGUGAUGUACACACUGAGGUUGACAAUUAAUGCGGAGUGUUACCUUAAGCUGCAUAACUUUCCAAUGGAUGAGCACUCGUGUCCGCUGGAGUUUUCAAGCUAUGGUUACCCUCGGAAUGAGAUUUCAUACCGGUGGCAAAGACGAGCAGUGGAGGUAGCAGACCAGCGAUAUUGGAGACUUUACCAGUUUGCAUUUGUAGGGAUGAGAAACACUUCGGAUGUGGCACACACCCAGUCAGGGGAAUAUGUCAUCAUGACGAUCUUUUUUGACCUGAGUCGGAGAAUGGGCUAUUUCACCAUCCAGACCUACAUUCCCUGCAGUAUGAUUGUGGUCCUGUCCUGGGUCUCUUUUUGGAUUAACAAGGAUGCUGUCCCUGCUCGCACAUCUUUAGGUAUCACCACAGUGCUUACCAUGACAACUCUGAGCACCAUUUCCAGAAAGUCCCUCCCUAAGGUGUCGUAUGUCACAGCUAUGGACCUGUUUGUCUCUGUCUGCUUCAUCUUCACCUUUGCUGCUCUGAUGGAGUACGGAACGCUGCAUUACUUCACCAGCAACAUACAGAGCAAAAAGUCUAAAGCCAAGAGUAAUGCACAUCACAAGCCAUCUAGUAUGGCAUCUAGUAUCAAUAUCCGCCCUGGACCAUCCCUGCUGCAAAUUAACAACAUUAUGCACUACGAUGAGGAUGAAUUUGCCUACGAUUGUUUGGAUGGAAAAGACUGUACGAGCUUCUUCUGCUGCUUUGAUGACUGUCGCUCAGGUGCCUGGCGAGAAAACAAAAUGCAUGUGCGAGUGAGUAAGAUCGAUUCUUACUCACGAAUAUUUUUCCCGACAGCUUUUGGCCUUUUUAAUUUGGUUUAUUGGAUAGGCUAUCUUUAUCUAUAAAACCAGUCUCCCCAAGGAAGGGUGCUUGGAGUUUUUGUAUGGCCUCACAUUUUCCAGGAAAUGGGCUAUUCGGACCGUAGUAAUACUGUUCCCCUUGCAAACGCACACCAUAAAAGAAAAACUAAAAACUGCCUUAUUUGGUGAUUAUAAAACGUACUCUUGUGCCAGGUUUUGUCUUUGUUAUGGUUAUUUGUUGAUGAUGUCGUACAUUAUGGCGAAUGAAAUCAAAGACAGAUUCACACAAAAUUUGUCUUUUCUCAUAGUUGGACAUCAGAAUGAUUCACAGCUUUUUUUGAAUAGAAAGUCGCACACAAGACAGGACCUGUAUUCGGAACUGAAUUACCAUAUUACUUUGAAUUGAUGCUGUACAGUGGUACCUCUACUUACGAACGUCCCUUCAUACGAAAUUUUCAAGUUAUGAAAUGUCUCAACAGGAAAAUAUUGCCUCUUGUUCGAAAGACAUUUCAAGAUACGAAAGGUAAAAAUACAGUAUGGGCUGCUACUCACAGCUCCAAGUUUCCUGAACACAACAUACUUAUAGCUGCUCUGCCAUUGGCUACUAACGAGCAUCUUCCUGGCAUCCCGUUGGCUGAGAGGGACCUCUCUUGUAUGUGUCUAUGUGUAGAUCAGUGGUUCUUAACCUGGGUUCGAUCGAACUCCAGGGGUUCGGUGA